AGAGUGUAUUGUUGUGAGCGGGGCCGAGCGGAGCAUCCCCGGAGCUGUCACCGCGGCGGCCGCGGCGGUGGCGCAGCGCAAGCCCCGCACGAGCGAGCCCGGCCGGCGCCGCCCCCGCCCCUGCCCCGGGCCCCCCCGCCGCCGCCGCCGCCGCCGCCGCCCCCGCCCCCGGCCCGCCCGCCGCGCGCCGCCGCCGCCGCCGCCGCCGCCGCCGCCGCGCGCCCCAACCCACUCCACCCCACCCCCUCGCUCCAACCCUCCCACCCGCCGCCGCCGCCGCCGCCGCCGCCGCCGCCGCCGCCGCCCGCGCGCCUCCCCCCGCGGAGCGAGUGCGGGUCACCGGGUCACUGGGUCAUUGUCUCUGCGCCCGAACCCCGAGCACCCCGUGGAAUCCCCCACGUCAUCAUCAGAACCAUCAAUGAGAUGCAAACAUGAAAGACAAGAGGAAGAAGAAGGACCGCACCUGGGCCGAGGCUGCCCGCCUGGCACUAGAAAAACACCCCAACUCACCAAUGACAGCAAAGCAGAUAUUGGAAGUCAUUCAGAAAGAAGGGUUAAAAGAAACAAGUGGAACCUCUCCAUUAGCCUGUCUGAAUGCAAUGCUUCACACUAACACUCGAAUAGGGGAUGGAACAUUCUUCAAAAUCCCUGGAAAGUCAGGCCUCUAUGCUCUCAAAAAAGAGGAGUCGUCAUGCCCAGCAGAUGGCACGUUGGAUUUAGUCUGUGAAUCUGAAUUGGAUGGUACAGAUAUGGCCGAGGCAAAUGCCCAUGGAGAAGAAAAUGGAGUUUGUUCGAAGCAGGUAACUGAUGAAGCAUCUUCUACUCGAGAUUCAAGCCUUACUAACACAGCAGUGCAAAGCAAGUUAGUGUCUUCCUUCCAGCAACACACCAAAAAGGCUCUUAAACAGGCUUUGAGGCAGCAGCAGAAAAGAAGAAAUGGAGUCUCAAUGAUGGUAAACAAGACAGUUCCUCGUGUUGUUCUGACACCAUUAAAGGUGUCUGAUGAGCAGUCGGAUUCACCUUCAGGAUCCGAAUCUAAAAAUGGUGAAGCAGACAGUUCAGAUAAAGAAAUGAAACAUGGGCAAAAAUCUCCCACUGGAAAACAAACAAGUCAGCACUUAAAACGAUUAAAAAAGUCUGGUUUAGGGCACUUGAAAUGGACCAAAGCUGAGGACAUUGACAUAGAAACCCCAGGAUCUAUUCUUGUCAACACUAACUUGAGGGCAUUAAUAAAUAAACAUACGUUUGCUUCCUUACCUCAGCAUUUUCAACAAUACCUCCUGCUUUUGCUCCCAGAAGUGGAUAGGCAGAUGGGAAGUGAUGGAGUUUUACGCCUCAGUACUUCAGCUCUAAAUAAUGAAUUCUUUGCAUAUGCAGCACAAGGGUGGAAACAGCGACUGGCAGAAGGAGAGUUUACCCCAGAAAUGCAGUUGCGGAUAAGGCAAGAAAUGGAGAAGGAAAAGAAAACAGAACCUUGGAAAGAAAAAUUCUUUGAGAGAUUUUAUGGAGAAAAACUGGGUAUGUCAAGAGAGGAAUCUGUGAAGCUCACUACUGGACCAAACAAUGCUGAAGCUCAAAGUAGUUCCUCAUGUGGAACUUCUGCUCUUCCAGUUUCUACACAGAUGCCCUUGACAGAACAACAGCCAAAAAGCAUGAAAAGCCCAGCUUCUCCAGAGUCUGGUUUCUGUGCUUCUCUUUGCCCUAUGGUAGAAAUUCCAGCUAAAGAUAUAAUGGCAGAAUCAGAGUCAGAGGAUAUCUUGAUCCCUGAAGAAUCUGUAAUUCAGGAGGAAAUUGCAGAAGAGGUAGAGACUAGUAUCUGUGAAUGCCAGGAUGAAAAUCAUAAGACAAUACCUGAAUUUUCUGAGGAGUCUGAAAGUCCAACCGAUUCUCAUGAAGAACCCCAAAUAGCACCUCCUGAAGAUAACUUGGAAUCCUGUGUUAUGAUGAAUGAUGUUUUAGAAACUUUGCCUCAUAUUGAAGUUAAGAUAGAAGAGAAGUCAGAAUUGCCCCAGGAAGAAAUGACAGUUGUCAUCGAUCAGUUAGAAGUCUGUGACUCUCUUGUUCCUCCCACUUUAUCUGUGACUCGUGUCAGUGACACAGAACAUAAGGAGUCAGAAACUGCAAUAGAGACCAGUACCCUCAAAAUAAAAACUGGGUCAUCUUCUCUAGAAGGCCAGUUUCCAAAUGAAGGAAUUGCUGUAGAUAUGGAGCUACAGAGUGAUCCUGAAGAACAGCUUUCAGAAAAUGCCUGCAUCUCUGAAACAUCCUUUUCUUCUGAGAGCCCAGAAGGAGCCUGUACCAGCCUGCCUUCCCCAGGAGGGGAAACACAGUCCACAUCAGAAGAAUCAUGUACUCCAGCCUCCCUUGAGACAACAUUUUGUUCUGAGGUGUCUAGCACUGAAAAUACAGACAAAUACAACCAGAGAAAUUCCAUUGAUGAAAACCUUCAUGCAUCUUUGAUGUCAGAAAUAUCUCCAAUAUCCACUUCACCUGAAAUAUCAGAAGCAUCUCUUAUGUCCAACUUACCAUUAACAUCGGAAGCAUCACCAGUAUCCAACUUACCUUUAACAUCAGAAAUGUCACCGAUGUCUGACUUACCUUUAACAUCAGAAACUUCUUCAGUGUCUUCCAUGCUUCUCACCUCUGAGACCACUUUUGUAUCCAGCUUGCCACUUCCUUCAGAAACAUCUCCAAUUUCCAAUUCUUCCAUGAAUGAGAGAAUGGCACAUCAGCAAAGAAAGUCACCUUCUGUAUCUGAAGAACCACUCUCCCCGCGGAAAGAUGAGUCUUCCACCACUGCUAAACCCCUGGGAGAGAACCUUACCUCCCAGCAGAAGACUCUAGCUAAUUCUCCUGAAGCCAUCAUAAUGAGUUCUUCUUCCAUUGCUCCUGAAGCAUUUCCAUCUGAAGAUUUGCACAGUAAGACCCUGAGCCAGCAAACAUGUAAAUCACAUCUUGACACUGAAAAGCCCUAUCCUGCUUCGAUUCCAGAACUUGCUUCUACUGAAAUGAUAAAAGUUAAAAAUCAUAGUGUCCUGCAAAGAACAGAAAAAAAAGUGUUAUCUUCACCAUUGGAAUUAUCUGUCUUUUCUGAAGAGACAGAGAAUAAGGGAAAUGAGCUUCCCUCUGCUAAAUUACAGGACAAGCAAUAUAUCUCAUCAGUGGAUAAGGCUUCACUUUCAGAAGGCUCUAGAAAUAAAACACAUAAGCAAGGGAGUACACAGAGUCGUUUAGAAACCUCACAUACUUCCAAGUCAUCAGAACCCUCCAAGUCACCUGAUGGGAUAAGAAAUGAAAGUAGAGAUUCAGAGAUAUCAAAGAGGAAAACUGCAGAGCAGCACAGCUUCGGAAUCUGUAAGGAAAAGAGAGCUAGGAUAGAAGACGAUCAGUCAACCCGGAACAUAUCAACUGGCAGCCCAGCUGAGAAAGAACAGCCUCCAAGAGAGGAACCACGGGUUCCCCCUCUCAAGAUCCAGCUUUCCAAAAUUGGGCCACCUUUUAUAAUCAAGAGCCAACCAGUCUCGAAACCUGAGUCUCGAACAUCCAGUAGCACUUCCAUCAGUGGCGGGAGGAACACAGGAGCCAGGACCCUCGCAGAUAUCAAGGCUCGGGCCCAACAAGCUCGGGCCCAGCGAGAGGCUGCCGCAGCCGCUGCUGUAGCGGCUGCAGCAAGCAUUGUCUCUGGAGCCAUGGGAAGCCCAGGAGAGAGUGGAAAGGCGAGAACCCUGGCACACAUCAAAGAGCAGACAAAGGCUAAGCUCUUUGCAAAACAUCAAGCUCGAGCCCAUCUCUUCCAGACCUCUAAAGAGACCCGGUUGCCUCCGCUCAGCUCAAAGGAAGGGCCUCCAAACUUAGAAGUCUCUUCUACCCCUGAAACAAAAAUGGAAGGUUCGACUGGUGUCAUUAUUGUCAAUCCAAACUGUAGAUCUCCUAGCAACAAGUCUGCACACCUCCGGGAGACCACCACUGUCCUACAGCAGUCUCUUAACCCAAGUAAACUUCCAGAAACUGCCACUGACUUAUGUGUGCAUAGUUCUGAUGAAAACAUACCUGUGUCACAUUUAUCUGAGAAAAUUGUUUCAUCUACCUCUUCUGAAAAUAGCAGUGUGCCCAUGCUUUUUAAUAAAAAUUCUGUCCCCGUAUCUGUUUGCAGCACUGCUAUGUCGGGAGCAAUUAAAGAACAUCCCUUUGUGAGUUCUGUUGAUAAAUCCUCUGUUCUAAUGUCUGUUGACAGUGCAAACACUACAAUUUCUGCUUGUAAUAUAAGCAUGUUAAAAACCAUCCAGGGAACUGACACUCCAUGCAUAGCCAUUAUACCAAAAUGUAUUGAAAGCACUCCCAUUUCAGCCACUACAGAGGGCUCCGGCAUAUCAAGCUCCAUGGAUGAUAAGCAGUUACUAAUAUCAAACAGCAGUGCUAGUAACUUAGUCUCCACUCAGUACACCUCUGUGCCAACUCCCUCCAUUGGAAACAAUUUGCCAAACCACCUCUCCAAUAGCUCUGUCUUGAUUCCCCCGACGGGAAUUAACAACAGAUUUCCUUCUGAGAAGAUAGCCGUACCUGGGAGUGAAGAACAGGCCACCGUAUCCAUGGGUACCACUGUGAGAGCAGCUCUCAGCUGCAAUGAUUCAGUCGCGGUCACAGACUCUCUGGUUGCACACCCAACCGUUGCAAUGUUUACUGGAAACAUGCUGACAAUAAACUCUUACGAUAGUCCGCCCAAGUUAAGUGCUGAAAGCUUGGACAAAAAUUCAGGGCCUCGAAACAGGGCAGACAAUUCUGCAAAACCUCAGCAACCACCAGGGGGCUUUGCACCAGCAGCCAUAAACCGAUCAAUUCCGUGUAAAGUCAUCGUUGACCACAGCACCACGCUGACCUCCAGUUUGUCUCUGACUGUCUCCGUUGAAAGCUCCGAAGCCAGCUUGGACCUGCAGGGCAGGCCGGUGAGAGCAGAGGCAUCUGUACAGCCCAUGGCGUGUCCUCAGGUGUCUGUGAUUAGCAGGCCUGAGCCAGUUGCCAAUGAAGGUGUAGAUCACAGUUCCACUUUCAUUGCUGCUUCGGCAGCAAAACAAGACUGUAAAACAUUGCAGGCCACCUGCACAAGUCUCCGAGAAUUACCCCUUGUUCCAGAUAAAUUAAAUGAGCCGACUGCUCCCAGUCAUAACUUUGCUGAGCAGGCACGUGGCCCAGCUACUUUCAAAAGUGAAGCAGACACAACUUGUAGCAGUCAGUAUAACCCAAGUAACCGAAUUUGCUGGAGUGACGAUGGGAUGAGGAGCACAGGACAGCCUCUCGUUACUCAUUCAGGUUCAAGUAAACCGAAAGAGUACCUAGAACAAAGCUGUCCAAAGGCUAUCAAAACUGAACAUGCCAGCUACUUGAAUGUGUCAGAACUUCAUCCCAGAAAUCUCAUAACAAAUGUUGCUCUUCCUGUGAAAUCUGAACUCCACGAAGCGGACAAGGGCUUUAGAAUGGACACUGAAGACUUCCCUGGCCCCGAGCUGCCUCCUCCGACUGCAGAGGUAGCCUCUAGUGUACAACAAACACAGAACGUGAAAGCUUCCACUUCAAGUCCCAUGGAAGAGGCUGCUUCCUUGGCUACUGACACACUGAAAAGAGUCCCUGGUGCAGGGAAUUCAAGCUGUCGUCUGUCCUCUGUGGAGGCUAACAAUCCACUGGUGACGCAGUUACUACAGGGCAACCUGCCUUUGGAAAAAGUGCUGCCACAGCCCAGAUUGGGAGCCAAGCUCGAGAUCAACAGGCUUCCAUUGCCUCUUCAAACUACCUCAGUGGGUAAACCAGCGCCAGAGAGAAACGUUGAAAUUCCGCCCAGAUCUCCAAAUCCAGAUGGUAAGAGCUACUUGGCAGGGACUGCUGCACCACUCCAAAUUAGAAAGCGAGAAAACCACCCCAAGAAGAGAGUAGCUAGGACUGUAGGAGAGCACACUCAAGUUAAAUGUGAACCAGGAAAAUUGUUGGUGGAGCCAGAUGUGAAAGGGGUGCCUUGUGUCAUCAAUUCUGGCAUGAGUCAGCUAGGACACAGCCAGCCAUUUAAGCAAGAAUGGCUAAACAAGCACUCCAUGCAGAACAGAAUUGUUCACAGCCCUGAGGUCAAACAGCAAAAGCGGCUGCUCCCAUCGUGUAACUUCCAGCAGAACCUAUUUCAUGUUGACAAGAAUGGCAGCUUCCACCCUGACACUGGUACCUCACACAGACAGCAGUUUUACCAAAUGCCUAUGGCUGCGAGGGGCCCCGUUGCUACUGCAGCUCUAUUACAGGCCUCUUCCAAGACCCCAGUGGGAUGUAAUGCAUUUGCCUUCAACAGGCAUCUUGAACAGAAGGGAUUGGGAGAGGUUAGUCUUUCCUCAGCACCUCACCAGCUAAGGUUAGCCAACAUGUUAUCCCCCAAUAUGCCCAUGAAAGAAGGCGAUGAGGUGGGAGGCACUGCACACGCAAUGCCAAACAAAGCACUUGUACAUCCACCACCGCCACCGCCUCCCCCUCCCCCUCCCCCUCCACCCUUGGCUUUGCCCCCGCCUCCCCCUCCACCACCUCCACUACCUCCACCUCUCCCUAAUGCAGAAGUCCCAUCCGAUCAAAAACAACCUCCAGUUACCAUGGAAACCACUAAGAGACUUAGUUGGCCACAGUCCACGGGCAUAUGUAGCAAUAUAAAAUCGGAACCUCUUUCUUUUGAGGAAGGUUUAAGCAGCAGCUGUGAACUGGGCAUGAAACAAGUUUCCUAUGACCAGAAUGAAAUGAAAGAACAGUUAAAAGCAUUCGCGCUAAAAAAUGCAGAUUUCUCUUCCUAUUUGCUUUCUGAGCCACAAAAGCCUUUUACCCAAUUAGCUACUCAGAAAAUGCAGGUGCAGCAACAACAGCAGCUCUGUGGAAAUUAUCCAACAAUACACUUUGGUAGCACGAGUUUCAAAAGGGCAGCAUCUGCAAUUGAAAAGUCCAUUGGGAUUUUGGGAAGUGGCUCCAAUCCUGCCACGGGCCUGCCCAGUCAGAACGCUCAGAUGCCCGUUCAGAACUUUGCCGACAGCAGCAAUGCAGAUGAGUUGGAACUGAAAUGCUCUUGCCGGCUGAAAGCCAUGAUUGUGUGCAAAGGCUGUGGGGCCUUCUGCCAUGACGACUGCAUAGGCCCUUCAAAACUCUGUGUAGCAUGCCUGGUUGUACGAUAAGAGCUGAGUGAAAGAUGCAGUAUCCCUUUUCCACGUGGAAAAGCCAGAUAGCAUCAGCAGCAACAAACUGAAUAAUGCAGUGGUUUCUAUCAUGCUAAUUUAUUUUGCUUUGGAACAGGUCUCUUUUUUCUGUGGCAUUGUUUUCUUGCGUUUCUCAUAAAGGGGAGGAUGCAUCCCAACUGAAUGGCUCAGUGGCAUGUCUUUUACUUGUUCAGUUGCCAUUCUGAGCUUCAGAAAGUUUCUGUCCAUGUGUAUACAAGUCAAUGCCCCAUCUUUGUUUUUCUUUUAACCCAGCUGUAGAUAGGAAAAUGACAUUUUUAAUUACUUAACAACCAGAAAUGCAGAUGUGUAGAGAGAAUGAGAGGAAUGAUUUAAGGUGGGUUCUGCAUUUUUCUGCAGAUGACCCAUUACAGCGAGGAAUUAUACACUUGACUUUUCUGGACCUAGCUUUACCACAGUGAUUAAAUCCUAUUUAGAAAGGGGAAUCUGAUUUAAAUGUGUGAUUCCUUGUAUUUACUCCUAUCAAAAGAUGUAUUAAAGGAGGUAUGCCAUUAAUGAAAUCCACUGUCCUGAUUAUUAUCUUCCCUCCUGUUUUACUCUUUCCCAGAAACUAUGGCAGAAUAUCUGUACCUGCCUUGGAUUUUGUACACAUAUUGUAGUGAAAUGUGUCCUACAUGUGAAAUUGCAGCAUGGGACUCAUGCCCAGCAAUGUGGUUCUAGCCCUUUGACACCUGAUCAUAUGAGAUCAAUUGGCCAGCCAAUAGCCAUAGGCCCAGAGGAUUUUAGCACUUCCUGUAUGACUUUAAAGAGCAAGUUUGAAAAAAAAAAAAAAAAGCCCUGAAAUUCAAAGCAAGGAAAUAAGAUGCUGUUUAUGCACACACAAAUGGGUUGAUAAUGUAAAUAUCCUAUUCAUGCUAAUGAAUUACUAGAUAUUAAAGUGGGGGGGGGAAUUAUUGUAGCCCUUUAUUGAUGACACCCAUGCAUUCUGGCUUCAGACCUUGCAAAGGUUGGCCAUCUCUUUUCAAAAGGGUCAUUGAUGAUAAAAGGGACUACCCAAGGGUAAAGCGUCAACAUUUUACAGAACAAUUGUUUUUCUUAUUAUUUACAGCCUAUAUAAUUGAACUCUGAAAUAACCCUCAUUUUGAAAAAAAAAAAUGUUCUACGUGUAGCGUGUUCCCCCCCCCCACCCCCUCAGGUGUAUUCAGUACAUUCUUCAUAUUGGGGGAACUGCUUUUGAAAAAGGGAUACUGCAUCUUAAAAUUAUCUUCAGUGUGCAUCCAGUAACGUCUGAGUGUCGAGUAUUUGAGCUACAUUCCAUAUGCUUUGGCCACCCUCAUAGCGGAGGACAGCCGUAGUUCAGGAGGCUCUGUUCCCAAAAGCAAGUUCAAAAGCACAUGCACAUUGUGGGAAGAUGAAAGAAAACAAAAACCAACCACGCCCACUUAACUUCAGAUUUCAGAGCACAAAGUUUGGAGUGCCAUUAACCCGUUGAUUGAUUGUGGCUGUAGAAUAUAAAAAGCAAACGUGGGGAGGGGGCGGGGAAUCAUCCGUAUCCAGGGUACGAAUGACUGAUAUUUUCACAUGGGAUUAUCCUAAUCACUGUAAACUUUUCGACAUUCCCGUAAAACACGUCUUAAAAGUUGACUGGAAUGAGCAGAAAUUACAUUCCUAAAAACAAGAACACUUCUGAUUUUUUUAUAAUAACUACAUGAGAUUUUUUUUCUCCGUAUUUAUUGUGAUGUUGCCAAAUUUCUUUAGGUGAUAGAGACAUCAUUUGGAAUAACAAGUUGCUGGUAGUGAAAGGUACUUUAUCUUAGAAAGAAAGAAAGAAAGGCGUGCCGCUGUAGACAUGAUUUUGGUGCUUCAAUACUGUCAUUUCUGUUUUUCACGGUAAAAUUGGCAAAACUAAUGACUGAGAAAGUUAGCAAUGCGCUUAACCAGCCUUUCCCGAGGAAUGCAGCGUAAGUUCCAGUGGAUCCUUAGUUUUCUCUUCACUGCACGCCGGGUUAUAUUGGGGUGGCUUCCUUAUAAGCGGUGUCUUUAUUGUCUGCUUGGCUCUAAUAUCAUCCUGAUUUUGAAGAUCAUGCUCUUAGUCUCACAGUGGGGCACCUCUAUAACAUAGACGCUUGCAUGCCAACUCCUUCCAAAUUCAGUCACUGCUAUACCAGUGUCAGAUACUGUCUACACCAGCAGAUUGAAACCCAUCACAUCAGUAACUGACAUGGUGUUGAAAGAAACUCCAGUCUACGGAAACUUUGCACUCGGUAUGUGAGGUACAAUUGAGGCUGCUGAGAUUCUGAGCUUAUGAUCAGUUCCUUCAUUGGUGAAUACUGCUUGCAAGUUGCUUACUGAGAAUAAGGAAAAGUGUCCUUCUGUAUGUUUUGAUUUUUCACAUAACAGCCUUGGAAAAUCAGUUGCUGAUAGUGCAUGGAUUCUCUCAUCCAGGUCCGAUUAGCAUCAUUUUUCUGUGCCCUUGCUCUUUUUUGCUCCAAUUCAAAUACCUAGUGUUCUCAUAUGGCUUAUAUUACUGAAAAAUUAAUAUCUUUAAGCUAAAAUAUAAGGGAAAGGAAGAGAAAUUUAGAUGUAAAAUGUGGGUCAGAUAUUUUAUAAGUGUUCAUUUAAUAUAUAUAUAUAUACACAAAAGCCAGUAUAUUUGAAUUGAGUGAGUAGGUUCUUAGUUUUCUGAUUUCUACAUAUGUCUGCUGUGUGCAAAUGGAGUAUGUUAUUUACUACAUGGUUAUUGUGGUGUGGCGUGCAAAUGUUAGCAUGUGCAUUAUCCUGAUUACUGGACACAAUUUUUUUCUUACCAGGAAUAGAACUUGCACAUGUACCAUGCAAUUUUUUUUUAAAUCACAAAGGAUGUCUUUCCCUAAGUAGCACUUUUGGAGCAGGGGGAGGAAGAAAACUGCUAUUUCCUAAUCCUCCUCCUAUAAGAUAUGCAUAUGCCUGAGGUGUAUAAAGACAUUUAGGUUAGUUAAUGGGCAUGUUAAUAAGAGCAUUCUGAUGCAAAUUCCUUUUCAAAAUGAAAAUAUUUUUUUCUUCCCCAAAGUGAGAAUAGCAGAAAUUUUGGUGAACUGAGCACCAUAGUUAUAUAAUAUUUCCCUGCGAAGGUCUAGUUUGAAGAAAAAAACUUGAAAACAAACCUAUGAGGUUGAGCCUGGUUGCUAUGAAGACUUUGGGGUGGUAUGUGUUUCUGGGAUGACCUAUAGAAGGUUUAGUUGACUGCUGGACCUUGGAUAUUCUUACUCAGUUCAAAGUAAACACACAAAAAUGAGCUGGUGCAUAUGGUGCUUUAUAAUGCAGUCAAGGGUAAGAAUACCUAUUGCUGUAGCCCCAUUUCCUUUACAAACCCUCACACAAUUUUUCAAAAGUGGAAGUUACCGUGGCCUCUGGUUUCCCAGUUCUUCCAUGGUAUAGUGAAGUCCCAGGUUUUAGAAGCUGAAGCCAAGCAUAGGGUUAUAUCGUCUGUAUGGUGGUGAAGCCCAGCACAGUGGUAGCUGCCUAGCAGGAAUGACCCGCUCUGAGCAUGCAGAGCCCAGAGUCACUGUCCAUCUGUGUUCCCAGAGAACAAUUGUGAAGAGUCCUAGAACAGGAACUCAUCAGACUGUCAGGGGCCUAUGUAGCCAAAAUGUUACUGAAUAUAAAAUUCCUGUCGUCUUCAGUCUUCAUGCUUUGUCACUGUAAAGCGAACAAAAAGCAUUUUUACUAUAAUUUAAAGGAGCUGCUUUUUUAUAGCACAUACUAUUUCGCUUUGUACUAUAUUUGAUAGUUGCAGAAUAGACUGUAGAAAAACUUUGUUGUAUUUGUACUGUUCUUGAAUGUUUCAAAGAAAGUGCUUUACUUGGUUGCCAUAAUUUUCUUGUACUGCUGUAUUCCCCCACCCCUGCUUCAUGGAAACCUGAUAUGAUACAUAUUUUCAGUAGUUGUUUUUUUUUUUUUUAAAUGUGUGUUCGUUUGUAAUUUUUUUUUUUUUUUGGUCAGUAUUCUGAAUGUUUACAUCUGUUUGACAUUAGCCAUUUAAUGCCUUUUUUAAAGGCGAUAUUACUCCUACAGUGUAACAGCAAAAUGUGAAAUCAACCCAAACAUAACAUGCAUGACAAACACAGACUGGGGGCGAAGGCCCCGAACCUACAUAGACAUUUUAUAUCAACAUGCAGAAAAGUAAAAUCCUCCUUCAGUCCUCUACCAAAGAAUAUAUUAUUCCCACAGGAAAAACUCAGAAAAGGUGUGUAAAAUCCUCAGAAGGGGGAGCAGUUGAUUCAGUAAGACUGCAACAAUUUAAUACUGUUACGCUUGCUUUGAUACCUGACUAAAUGUGACUGACUGCAACAAGCAUUUAAAAAAAUGUUUAGACAGUGUUUUGUUUAGAAUUCAGGGAUCAUGCAUUCUUUAAUGGUGCUGUUUGUUUUUUUAUUUCUUUUCUACAAAGAAAACAAGUGUUGCCUACAAAAGUGACUGCUCACAAUACCAUAAGUUAAAUGAAAUGAAAUGUUUGUCUCUUCAUGUUUCUCUGUCUUUCCCUUUCUCAAAGUAACUUGGGUUUCAAUAUUAAGAUAUUCUGGAGAAAAUAAAGAAAUUAAACAUGAAA